AUGGGUAACCAAUCACACUUCCCAGUUUUUCUCCUCCUCCUCUCUCUCUCCUUAACCAUUUGCUCUUUCCACAGUGCAUUUGCUUCUUCCUCCCCACACCACCACAAACAUGAUCACCACUUUAACAAAACCAUGAGGUCUCUCCACUUCUCCCUCUACCAACAUGAGACCAUCAACAAGACCGGAUUCAUCGUCGUCGACGGCAUCGCCGGGGCUGGCGUCACGCAGACGACCACCCCCUUCGGGACCAUCUUCGUCUUCCGCGACAACCUGACGGCGUCUGCUGAAUCCUCGGCUUCUGCUUCUGCUGUGGCCGGCGUCGCGGAGGGGGCCUCGAUCACGUCGAGCUUCGACGGCCUCCGCAGCUUGUCACUGGCGAAGAUCACGCUGAAGAUCGACGGACAUGAUGUACAGUGA